GCGAUGGCUGAGGAUGGCAGCGAGGAGAUCAUGUUCAUCUGGUGUGAGGACUGCAGCCAGUACCACGACUCGGAAUGUCCGGAGCUGGGCCCGGUGGUCAUGGUCAAAGACUCCUUUGUGCUAAGCAGGGCCAGGUCCUCCCUUCCUUCCAACUUGGAAAUCAGACGACUAGAAGACGGAGCCGAAGGCGUGUUUGCUGUAACGCAGCUCGUCAAGCGAACGCAGUUCGGUCCCUUUGAGUCGAGGAGAGUCGCCAAGUGGGAGAAGGAAUCCGCGUUCCCGCUGAAGGUGUUCCAGAAGGAUGGGCACCCCGUGUGCUUUGACACCUCCAACGAGGACGACUGCAACUGGAUGAUGCUGGUGCGGCCGGCGGUGGAGCCCGAGCACCAGAACCUGACGGCCUACCAGCACGGCAACGACGUGUACUUCACCACCUCGAGGGAUAUCCCCCCUGGCACCGAGCUGCGCGUGUGGUACGCGGCCUUUUACGCCAAGAAGAUGGACAAGCCCAUGCUGAAGCAGGCCUGCUCCGGUGUCCACGCUGCAGGCACCCCGGACAGCAGCACCCCGGUGGAAUCCGAGCCGAGCCCGUGGGUGUGUAAAGUGUGUUCUGCCACCUUCCUGGAGCUGCAGCUCCUGAACGAGCAUCUGUUGGGUCACUUGGAACAAACCAAAAGCCUCCCCCCAGCCAGCCAGCAGGAAGGGGCUCCAGAGAAGGAACCUGACGGGUCUCGGGGGGAGCCUCCCGCAGUCCCCAAGAGCAUCAGUGCAGCCAAAGAGCAGAAGAAAAAGCCUCGAAGGGGGAGAAAACCCAAAGCCUCGAAACCCGAACAGAAACCAGAACAGCCACUGGUCAUCAUUGAAGACAAGGAGCCCGCAGAGCAAGUGGCAGAGAUCAUCACCGAGGUGCCACCGGACGAGCCCGUGCCUGCGGCGCCCGACGAGCACAUCAUGGAGCUGGUUCUGGGGAAGUUGGCCACCACCACCAGCGAGGCCACUUCAGUGCCAAAGUUCCCGCAUCAUCAGAGCGGCAGCAUCACCCUCAAGAGGAGUCUGAUUCUCUCCACCCGGCACGGCAUCCGGCGGAAGCUGGUGCGGCAGCUGGGGGAGCACCGGCGGGUGUACCAGUGCGGCACCUGCAGCAAGGUCUUCCAGAACAGCAGCAACCUGAGCCGGCACGUGCGCUCGCACGGCGACAAGCUGUUCAAGUGUGAGGAGUGUGCGAAGCUGUUCAGCCGAAAGGAGAGUCUAAAGCAGCAUGUCUCCUACAAGCACAGCAGGAACGAGGUGGACAGCGAGUACAGGUACCGGUGUGGCACCUGUGAGAAGACCUUCCGCAUCGAGAGCGCGCUGGAAUUUCACAACUGCAGGACAGAUGACAAGACGUUCCAAUGUGAGAUGUGUUUCAGAUUCUUCUCCACCAACAGCAACCUCUCCAAGCACAAGAAGAAGCACGGGGACAAGAAGUUUGCUUGUGAAGUCUGCAACAAGAUGUUCUACCGCAAGGACGUCAUGCUGGACCACCAGCGGAGGCACCUGGAGGGCGUCCGGCGAGUGAAGAGAGAAGACCUGGAGACCAGCGGGGAGAGCCUGGUCCGCUACAAGAAGGAGCCCUCGGGAUGCCCCGUGUGUGGCAAGGUGUUCUCCUGCAGGAGCAACAUGAACAAGCACCUGCUGACCCACGGCGACAAGAAGUACACCUGCGAGAUCUGCGGCCGCAAGUUCUUCCGUGUGGACGUGCUCAGGGACCACAUCCACGUCCACUUCAAGGACAUCGCGCUGAUGGAUGACCACCAGAGGGAGGAGUUUAUUGGCAAGAUCGGGAUCUCCUCCGAGGAGAACGAUGACAAUUCUGACGAGAGCGCAGACUCGGAGCCUCACAAGUACAGCUGCAAAAGGUGCCAGCUCACCUUCGGCCGCGGGAAGGAGUACCUGAAGCACAUCAUGGAGGUGCACAAGGAGAAGGGCUACGGCUGCAGCACCUGCAACCGGCGCUUCGCCCUCAAGGCCACCUACCACGCCCACAUGGUCAUCCACCGCGAGAACCUGCCCGACCCCAACGUGCAGAAGUACAUCCACCCCUGCGAGAUCUGCGGGCGGAUCUUCAACAGCAUCGGGAACCUGGAGCGGCAUAAGCUCAUCCACACGGGGGUGAAGAGCCACGCCUGCGAGCAGUGUGGGAAGUCCUUCGCCAGGAAGGACAUGCUGAAGGAGCACAUGCGUGUGCACGACAACAUCCGGGAGUACCUGUGCGCCGAGUGCGGGAAAGGCAUGAAGACCAAGCACGCGCUGCGCCACCACAUGAAGCUGCACAAGGGCAUCAAGGAGUACGAGUGCAAGGAGUGCCACCGCAAGUUCGCGCAGAAGGUCAACAUGCUCAAGCACUACAAGCGGCACAUCGGGAUUAAAGAUUUCAUGUGUGAAUUGUGUGGAAAGACGUUUAGUGAGAGAAACACCAUGGAGACCCACAAGCUCAUCCACACAGUGGGCAAGCAGUGGACCUGCUCCGUGUGUGACAAGAAAUACGUUACCGAGUACAUGCUGCAGAAGCACGUGCAGCUCACGCAUGACAAGGUCGAGGCACAGAGCUGCCAGCUGUGCGGGACCAAGGUGUCCACCAGGGCCUCCAUGAGCAGACACAUGCGACGCAAGCACCCAGAGGUGCUGGCCGUGAGGAUCGACGACCUGGACCACCUGCCGGAGACCACCACCAUCGACGCCUCGUCCAUCGGCAUCGUGCAGCCGGAGCUGAGUCUGGAGCAGGAAGAUUUGGCAGAAGGGAAGCCCGUGAAAGCGGCCAGGAGAAGCCACAAGAGGAAGCAGAAGCCGGAAGAGGAGGCCGGGGCACCGGUGCCAGAGGACGCAGCCUUCAGCGAGUACUCGGAGAAGGAGCCCGCGUUCACGGGCGGCGUGGGCGACGAGACCGACUCUGCCGUGCAGAGCAUCCAGCAGGUGGUGGUGACUCUGGGGGACCCGAACGUGACCACUCCAUCGAGCUCGGUUGGCUUGACCAACAUCACCGUGACGCCCAUCACCACGGCAGCCGGGACUCAGUUUACCAACCUCCAGCCGGUGGCCGUUGGGCACCUAACCACCCCGGAACGUCAGCUGCAGCUGGACAACUCGAUCCUGACCGUGACCUUUGACACCGUCAGUGGCUCCGCCAUGUUGCACAACCGCCAGAACGACAUCCAGCUGCACCCCCAGCCGGAAACCUCGAACCCGCAGUCCGUGGCCCACUUCAUCAACCUGACCACGCUGGUCAACUCCAUCACGCCCCUGGGGAACCAGCUCAGUGACCAGCACCCGCUCACGUGGCGGGCAGUGCCCCAAACGGACGUGCUGCCGGCCCCGCAGCCGCAGGCCGCCCCUCCGCCGGCAGCGCAGCCCCAGGUGCCGGCCGAGCAGCAGCAGCAGAUGUACAGCUACUGA